UGCUGAUGCCCGGGCCUACACGAAGACUGGAUUUAAUUGGUCUGGAGUGGGCUCCAUCCCGUGAUUCCCAUGUGCAGCCAAAGGAUGGCACUCCCCACGCUGCCCCCCUCCUGGUGCAGCGGGAGACUCCUGGACCAGCAGGUAGCACGGCAGCGACACCGAGAGCAGGAGGCCCGGCUUCGGCAGCAGUGGGAUGAGAACAGCCGCUACUUCAGGAUAUCCAACGCCUGCAGCUCCAAACAGGCGGAAUGGAGCUCCCAGGCCUCCUACCAGCGGAGCAUGCACGCCUAUCAGCGCGAGAAGAUGAAGGAGGAGCAGAAGAGGCAGCUGGCGGCCAGGCGGGAGAGGCUCCAGCGGCUGCUGCUGGAGGAGCAGGACCUGCUGGCCAGAGAACUGCAGGAGCUGAGGCUGAGCAUGACCUUGAGGGAAAAAAGAAUUCGGGAGCAGCACAGGACUCUCAAGUCAGCCCGGGAGGAGCAAAGGAAGCUGGUUGCUGAGCAGCUUUUGUAUGAACACUGGAAGAAGAACGACCCCACACUUCGAGAGAUGGAGUCGGACCUUCACAAGAAGCACGUGAUAAGCUCUUGGGAAACACAGAAAGAAGAAAAAAAGCAGCAAGACGCUGUGGAGGAGGAAGAGAACAAACGGUAUGAAAAUGAAUAUGAGACGGCCCGCAGGGAAGCGCUGGGACGGAUGAAGGCGGAAGAGGAGAGGAGGCAGUUGGAGGAUAAACGCCAGGCGGCGGCGCUGCUGCAGCAGAUGGAGGAGCUGAAGGUGCAGGAGGUGGAGGCCACCAAACUGAAGAAGGAGCGGGAGAACCUGCUGAGGCAGCGGUGGGAGCUGGAGCGGCUGGCAGAAGAGAGGGAGCAGAUGGCAGCCCUCCGGCAGAAGGCGGAGCUGGGACGCUUUUUGAGACAUCAGUAUAACGUGCAACUCAACAGACGCGCACAGCAGAUCCAGGAGGAGCUGGAGGCGGACAGGCGCAUCCUGCAGGCCCUCCUGGAGGAGGAGGUGGAGGCCCAGCGGGAGCACUCGGCGCGGCGGGCGCAGGCCCGGGCGGACGUGGUGUGGAUGCAGCAGGCUCUGGAGCAGCAGCUGCAGCGGGAGCGGGAGCAGGAGGCGGAGCUGCAGAUGCUGCUGAGGGAGGAAGCCAAGGAGAUGUGGGAAAAGAGAGAGGCCGAGUGGACCCGCGAGAGGAGCGCACGGGACAGGCUGAUGGCCGAGGUCCUGACAGGGAGACAACAACAAAUACAAGAAAAGAUUGAACAAAACCGACGGGCGCAAGAGGAAUCCCUAAGACACAGGGAGCAACUUAUUCAGAACCUGGAGGAGGCAAGAGAGGCAGCUCGUCGAGAGAAAGAGGAGAGUGAGGAACUGAAAUCCGCCAGGAAACAGGAGCUGGAAGCCCAGGUGGCAGAGUGCCAGCGGCAGGCCUGGGAAGCGGACCAGCAGGAGGCGGAGGAGGAGGAGGAGGCGAGGCAGGCGGAGCAGCUCACCAGUGCCCUGCUGCAGCAGGAGGCCAAGAUGAUGGCCAAGCAGGGAUACCGGCCCAAGCCUUACGGGCAUCCCAGAAUUGCUUGGAACUGACUUCCUUACCACUGGAAGCACAGAGCUGAGGUGCGAAGGCCUUUGAUGUGCAGCAGCAGACGGUGUGACAACGUCCUGUUCUAGCGUUGGGGUCACUGGCAAUAGCUCAGCGAGCCUGUGCAGGUGCAGGUUAAGUGAUCAGGGGCUGGACAGACUAACACCGGCAGGAGGCCUCCCUCCUUUCCGAUUAAGAAAGGGGCUGGGAUCACACUGACCGCGCUGUCACGGCCUGUGCCGUUCAUGAGGAACGUAAGGCAGAGUUCCAAGUUGUGUCCACCGCAGGAUCCAGGUUCUGCUGUCUCGCCCUUAAUUGUCAGCCUCUGAUGACGUCCCCAGCCAGAGAUCUGCGGGAAGGCUCAAUGUUUAAAUUACAGUUGAAAUGUGUUCUAUUGAAGACAAGCGUGUGGGGUAUUAGUGUAGUGGUCCCAGAAGGGUCCCGUCUGGUUUUCUGAAGAGAAGAACUGUGAACCCUGAAACCGUCUGGUGUGGUCCAGGGGUGCCUUCUGGAACGGGGACAAGAAAAGAGUCUUCGGGAAGCAUUUUGGUGGAAUUUCCAAUGCGCGCUGUGUGUGGUGGGAGGGGAGUGAUCUGUGUCACUGAGCCUCAAGGUCGCUUGCAUGGCUCGCCUUGUGAUGUGACACUGUGGACCUUUGGUGUCUCAGGAAGGUCUCGGGCACGUACAGCCUCCUGGGGGUUAUGUGCCAGAGGAAAGGGAGGCAUUGGCCUGAGGAAAUGAGAUCAGACUCAACCACAGACUUCUCUACCCGUGCCAUCAGUGUGACAUAGUUCUAGAUUAAUCUCCACAGAUAGCUGCAAGAAGUUCCUGGCAGCACAUUUUUAUGACUUGCAUUUUUUUCGUGUCUUUCGGUCAAGUUUCAGUUUUCAUUAUAUUGUGUUCAAGAACCCCUAUCAGUAAAUUAUAGCUAAUGACUGUCCCACGUUAUUAAAACCAGAGUUUAUUUAAAAAUCCUGAGUGGGAGGGCUGCAUUGUGCUACAAGAACAAAUGAAGCUGCAAACGGCAUCCUUCAUCUGUUUCUCGUUUUGUCUUGAGUUUCUUUGGAUAUGAUCCCCUGACACCACUUUCCACGCAGGCUCAUGUAUUCCCAUCUCAGAUGUCCCUUCAUGUGAAAUAAAGUUGGUUUGACGGCAUCGCU